AUGUCUGGCUCCUAUGAUGAAGCCACACCUUCAAUGGAGGAGAUCACCGACAGCUUCUGGGAGGUGGGAAACUACAAGCGAACCGUAAAGAGGAUCGAUGAUGGCCAUCGGCUCUGCAACGACCUCAUGAGCUGCCUUCAUGAGCGAGCGAAGAUCGAGAAGGCCUAUGCCCAGCAGCUCACAGAUUGGGCCAAACGCUGGCGCCAGCUCCUGGAGAAAGGUCCACAAUAUGGCAGCCUGGAACGUGCAUGGGGUGCCAUCAUGACGGAGGCUGACAAGGUGAGCGAGCUGCAUCAAGAUAUGAAGAACAACCUGGUCAAUGAUGACCUGGAGAAGGUGAAGAAUUGGCAGAAGGACGCCUACCACAAGCAGAUCAUGGGUGGCUUCAAGGAGACCAAGGAAGCUGAGGAUGGUUUCCGGAAAGCGCAGAAACCCUGGGCCAAGAAGAUGAAGGAGCUGGAGGCAGCGAAGAAGGCCUACCACUUGGCCUGCAAAGAGGAGAAGCUGGCGGUGACCCGGGAGGCCAACAGCAAGGCGGAGCAGUCAGUCACCCCGGAACAGCAAAAGAAACUUCAGGACAAAGUAGACAAGUGCAAGCAGGACCUCCAGCGUGGCCAGGAGGGACACAGGCAGAUGCUCCAGCUGCCUCACGCUGGCUCCCGGCUCCCUGGAGCUGAUGGUGCAAUUUGUUCAAUUUUCAAUGUGAGCAUCUACACUUUGGAAAACAACAAAAAUACAAAUCAGGGCCUGGUAUUUCUUAAGGCCAGACUUAGCAAAGUGAAGGAGAAGGUGCUAAUAACGCAGAUUAAACUUAAAACGGUGACAAAUUUUGGGGUUUUUUGGGGGGGUGGGGAGAGCUGGCUGUUAAACAUUGACUGA